AUGUCAAAUAAUAUGCGCGGAUUGACUAUGUUCAUUGCGGACAUACGAAACUGUCGAGUUCGUGAAUCGGAGGAAAAACGAAUCAACAAAGAGAUGGCGAAUAUACGAGCAAAGUUUAAAGAGGGCAAUCUAAAUGGGUAUCAAAAAAAGAAAUACGUUUGUAAAUUGCUGUAUAUGUAUAUUCUCGGUUGGGAUAUUGAUUUUGGUCAUAUGGAGGCUGUGAACUUAAUAUCUAGUAAUAAAUACAGCGAGAAGCAAAUAGGAUAUCUUGCAGUGACGUUGUUAAUGCACGAGAAUAGUGACUUGACCCGUUUGGUGGUCAAUUCAAUAAGGAAAGAUCUCGACGAAUACAAUGAAAUAUAUAAUUGCUUGGCAUUACAUGCAAUAGCUAAUAUUGGAGGAAGAGAGAUGGCCGAGUCUUUGAAUGGAGAUGUGCAUCGACUGCUAAUAUCUCCUGCAUCAAAGAGUUUUGUGAAGAAGAAGGCUGCUCUGACACUGCUGCGAUUGUAUAGAAAACAUCCUGACGUAAUUCCAGCAGUCGAUUGGUCAGAGCGUUUGAUUGCUUUGCUGGAUGAGCCAGACUUGGGUGUUGUAUUGUGUGUUACUAGUUUAAUAAUGGCAUUGGCACAGGAUAAUUUGGAAGCUUAUUUGGGAUGUUACGCUAAAGUUGUAGAAAGGUUGUCAAAGAUUGUAGUAAAGAAGGAAUAUGCUGCAGAUUACGUGUACUAUAAAGUGCCGAUACCUUGGCUACAAGUGAAGUUUCUACGUUUAUUGCAAUAUUACCCACCAUUAGAUGAUACCACUAUCAGACACGAACUCCAUAAUGUCUUGCAAACGAUUAUGCAAAACUCCCAAGACACUCCAAAGAACGUCCAACACAACAACGCUCAGAAUGCGGUCCUAUUCGAAGCGAUUAAUCUAGCUAUCCACCUGGACACGGAAUCGUCGAUAGUCAAUCAAGCUGCCGUGCUUCUCGGUCGAUUCAUCACAUCAAAGGAAACAAACGUACGCUACCUUGGCUUAGAGACUAUGGCUCAUCUGGCAGCAUGUGUUGAUUCACUCGAACCGAUCAAGAAGCAUCAAGAUACAAUCCUACUCUCACUCAGGGAUAAAGAUAUUAGUGUACGUCGUCGAGGAUUGGACUUGUUGUUCAGUAUGUGUGAUGUUAGUAAUGCUAAGGUCAUAGUCACUGAAUUGUUGCGAUAUUUAAGCAUUGCCGAUUAUGGACUGAGGGAAGAGAUGGUGCUUAAAAUCGCUAUUCUUACUGAGAGAUUUGCGACUGAAUAUCAAUGGUAUGUUGACAUCAUUCUCCAACUGAUUAGCACUGCUGGGGAUCACGUGGGAAAUGAGGUCUGGUACCGUGUGGUGCAGAUCGUUACCAACAAUGAGGAAUUGCAAGAAUAUGCGUCACGAACAGUAUUAAAACAUCUUCGAUCACCCACGUGUCAUGAAAACUUGGUCAAAAUUGGAGGAUAUAUUCUAGGCGAAUUUGGUCAUUUGGUGGCUAACAUACCAGGUGGAAGUCCGAUUGAGCAGUUCCACGCAAUUUACUCAAAAUUCGGACUAUGUUCAACACAAACGAAAGCGAUGUUGAUGACAACUUUUUUGAAAUUUGUCAAUCUAUUCCCAGAGAUUAAAGGGGAGAUUGUAUCUGUAUUCCAUAAUUAUAGACACGUACUAGAUGCAGAGUUACAGCAGAGAUCUACCGAGUAUUUGGCUAUUUCCACCAUGCCAAACGACGAUAUACUACAAACUGUAUGCGAAGAGAUGCCACCAUUCCCCGAAAGAGAAUCUGCCCUACUGCUCCGGUUACAACAGCAACAUGCAGCUACUGAGGACAAGCGCACCUGGCACAUUGGAGGAAAAGAAGCUAAUAAGGAACGGGAAGCUGUUCGGUUACAAUUGUCAGCUAAUCGAAGCAACUCGACAGACAGCAAGUCGACACCGAACAAUGAAUCUUCUACAGACUUGUUAACAUUGGAGAGUUUAACUAUAGGUGCUUCGACUGUUGCGUCACAAACAAAUUCGGCUCAUAUACCUGCGGGAACAGUCACUCCGGGCUCAGAAAAAUGGUUAGGAAAGUUAUUAUAUACGUCGGAAGGAGUAUUAUAUGAAGAUAAUCAGAUUAAUGUAGGACUUAAAUCAGAGUACCAUGGACAUGUUGGUCGGCUGGCAUUGUACUUUAACAACAAGACGAAUACAAAUAUCACAUCGUUCACUACUGUCAUAGAACAAGUUCCACAUUUAUCAAUAACAACUCCACAAUCAGCAGCAACAACAAUUGCGGUUCAAGCUCAAAUCCAACAAUUAUUCCAUAUCGAAUGCAACAAGCCGUUCACGACAAUGCCAAUCGUGCGUAUUUCCUUCAUCUCCGGCUCACUCCAUAACGUUGCUCUACGUCUUCCGAUAUCACUGACCAAGUUUAUGGAACCCAUCGAACUUGGUGGUCCAGAGUUCUUUGCCAGGUGGAAACAGAUCGGAGGUUCUCCGAGAGAGAUACAGAGAAUAUUUCAAGCAUUGGUGCCUAUUAAGUUGGCGGAUGUGGGCACAAUGUUGAGUGGGUUUAGAUUUGGAUUGUUAGAGAGCGUGGAUCCAAAUCCUAACAAUUUUGUUGGGUCGGCAGUAUUGCAUACAAAGUCAGCAGGAAUGACAGGAUGUUUAAUGCGAUUGGAGCCGAAUUUGGAUGCGCAGGCAUAUCGAUUAACAGUACGCUCAACGAAUGAAAACGUAUCUGAGCAAAUAUGUAAUUUGCUCGAGCCGAGAUUAGCAAAUGAUGUUGUGUAG